GAAGGGGGGAGCCAGGCGUGUCCUCGUGUUCGCGGGGUGUCUGGGGGCGAGGCCCAGGUGCUUCCCCGUGCGAGGCCCGUUCUGCGCUCAGCUGGGCCGGGAGGGUCGUCCCUCAGCGCGGGGAGAGCUCUGGGAGCUGGGCUGAGCGAGGGUAGCCCCGUGGGCAGCACGGUGCCUGGGCCCGGCCCUGCUGCUCCUGCGGGGGGGGCCUGCCCGACAAGCAGAUCAAGCGUCCCUUCCCAUUGUGCCCUUCACUUCUACAGGAGCAGCGCACAGGAAGGAACUCGGCAAACCACGGUGGUAACAUGAAACCAACAUGGCUGACUUGGUUCUGGUGUCCUGCUCCCUCUUGAUUGUGAGAGAUUGGCUCCAUAUUCCUGUGACUGCUCAACAGAGAGAGCUUGACUGACAUCUCUAAGCUUUAUCUGUGCAGUAAGACAGAGAAGGAGAAAAUUCUAAUGCCUGUGCCUCUCUGUUCACUCUCAAACUCAGUCCUGACUGCUGAAAUGCCCUUGUAUAUCUCUGCCUGCAUAGAUCAUUGUAAGGAAGCAAAUUGCCAGGAUUUCCCCCCCUGUGGCUGCCUGACCGCUGCUGAGCUACUCCUCCCCAGCCCAUGUGGCUCUCCCCAUGCUCCAAGAGUGCAACUGGUGCCCAACGCAAUGUGUGUUUGUCAAACCAUGGAAGUGGGCAAGUAUGGCAAGAAUGCCACUCGAUCCGGAGACCGGGGGGUCCUGCUGGAGCCUUUUAUUCACCAGGUGGGCGGCCACAGCAGCAUGAUGCGCUACGACGACCAUACUGUCUGCAAGCCCCUCAUUACCAGAGAACAGCGCUUCUAUGAAUCUCUGCCUCCGGAAAUGAAGGAGUUCACACCUGAGUACAAAGGUGUCGUAUCUGUCUGUUUUGAGGGAGACAGUGAUGGCUACAUUAACCUGGUGGCCUAUCCCUAUGUGGAGAACGAGGCUCUGGAGCAAGAUGAUAUGCCAGAGAGGGACCAGCCGCGACGCAAGCACUCGCGUCGGAGCCUUCACAGAUCAAGCAGUGGCACUGAGCACAAGGAGGAAAAACCUGGCCUGGCCAGUGACAGUACUGAAAGCAGCAUCCAGGAAACGAAGAGUCCCAGGGUGGACUUGCACAUCCAUUCAGAUGUUCCAUUUCAGAUGUUGGAUGGGAACAGUGGUCUGAGCGCUGAAAAGAUCAGCUAUAACCCCUGGAGCCUGCGCUGUCAUAAGCAGCAGCUGAGCCGCAUGCGGUCAGAGUCCAAGGACCGAAAACUCUACAAGUUCCUUUUGCUGGAGAAUGUGGUGCAUCACUUCAAGCUUCCCUGUGUACUUGAUCUGAAGAUGGGGACCAGGCAGCAUGGAGAUGACGCAUCUGAGGAGAAGGCUGCUCGGCAGAUGAAGAAGUGCGAACAGAGCACUUCCGCCACCUUGGGCGUGCGCGUGUGUGGGAUGCAGGUCUAUCAGCUGGACACAGGGCAUUACUUAUGCAGGAAUAAAUACUAUGGACGUGGUCUUUCCAUCGAGGGCUUCCGCAACGCCCUCUACCAGUAUCUCCACAACGGCAUUGAGCUGCGCAAGGACCUCUUUGAGCCUGUCCUCACCAAACUGCGAAGCCUGAAGGCAGUUUUGGAGAGACAGGCCUCCUACCGCUUCUACUCCAGCUCCCUUCUCAUCAUUUAUGAUGGGAAGGACAGCAGGGCAGGGAUGUUUGUGGAGCGCCGGGCGGAGAUGCGCCUGAAGCGGAUGGACAGCUCUCUCCCGGAGAGCCUUCAGGAUGGUGGCAGCACAGAGCCCGGCUCCUCAGCCCAGCCCAAGGUGGACGUGCGUAUGAUUGACUUUGCACACAGCACGUUCAAAGGCUUUCGUGAUGACCCAACUGUGCAUGAUGGACCUGACAUGGGUUAUGUAUUUGGGCUGGAGAGCCUCAUCAACAUCAUGGAACAGAUGCGUGAGGAAAACCAGUAGUCCCAGGCUAUGGCCUCUUAUUCUUGUCCUGGUGGCAGGAGCAGACAUGACCACCUACUACCACAGGAAAAAGCAGACAACUUUGGUUUUAAACAAUUGUAUUGCUCCAUUGUUUUUAAAUGUACUUGGAUAGAAAAGCUGAGGGGAGGCAGGAUGGAAGAGCUGCUUGUGCCGCCCAGAUGGUUCUGACCACACUAGCUCUGCCUUCUGGAGGAGGCUCUGUAGAUGCCUGCUGGGUGUUGGGUGUCCCGGUUCUUUGCUUGUAGUGUUCUGGAGGGAGAACCUGGACAUAGGGAAGAGAAAGGAGGAGGCUGUGGGGCUCUUUAGGGGGCUGGAGCUGUGGCCUGAGGAGCUUCCUGCCUUGGAAGCCCUCGGGAGAGCCUUCCCUUUGAAAUUUUCCUGCAUUUGGAAAGGGCACUUGACUAACCGUUGGCAGGGUCUGUGGGGCUGAGGGCGAGUGGCACAGGUGCUGCUCCCUGCCUUCGGUGGCGCUAGCUCUGCCCUGGGUUUUGCCAAUGGGGCUUUGCUUUUGAUGCUGCCUUUUUUUUCCUGAUGUUUGGGCACUGUGAGUAACCAACCCAAACAGGGAAAUAAAAUGACCAAAUGCAACCCCUGGCAGAGCUGUGGCCAGGAGUGAAUGCCAUGCACCGGGAGCUGUGCUCGAGCCUGGGGCCUGCUUGUUCCCCAGCGGGGGGCACAGGCAUGCCCCUCUGUAAAGGCACGGUGCAGGGCUCUGUGCAGUAACCCUGCCUUGGACCACUGACCAAGCAAGAACUCAGCUUGUGGGCUAGCAAUAGUAUCUGUAGCAGUUAAUGCAACCCCAGCGGGGCGUUUCGGACCAUUUCAACCCUUCCCCUCGCACGCGAGUAUCUUCCCUCCCAGGGCUGGGCCCCCCUGAGGCUGCCCUCUGCCCCCCAGCCCCUGCUCCUUGGCCUGGGGAUGGUGGCAGGGGAUGCCAAGGGUUAGGGGGUCUCAAGGGGGGACCUGGCUGAGCAGCAAGUGCCAUUGCCUCUUCAGCUUUGCUUCAUGCAGUUGGCCUGAUGAUCAAACAGCCAGCUGGGAUGGGCUCCCCUGCCUGGGCUCUUUCGUAGAGCUGGUGCUUUACCCAUGGCUUCCCUUGAUGAGGGCAUUAACAUUUGAUACCAUGGCCUGGUGGUACCAGACCAUAUCUUGCUCUGCAUCACCCCCUCUUGCCUUUCUGGGCUGGGAUGCACCGUUGCUCCUUCCCAGCACCCCUGACCUGUUCCAUGGUGUUUACCCUUACCCUGACCACCUGAGAAGCUGCCAGGCUGGGGUUGGGGGGUUUAUUUUUUAUUUUUUUUUUUCACUUCAGGAAAGCUUGUUUGGGGAAUACUCGCAUGUCGCAUGUGUGCCUGCUCUGCCUGUGCGGGGUUUGUGGGGAAAGUGCUGGUGUGGGGCUAGGGGGCAGGGGCUGCCCGUGUCUGUCCUAAAUCGCACCUCUGCCUCCCCAAAAGCUGCCCCCCUCCAGCUCUCCGGAUGAGAACCCUUCCAUCGUGGUCUUCACUGCCCUGGGUUAUGAGGCCAUGGCUUCUGCGGGCUGGGCUCGGGGGUGUUAGGGAAUG